CGACCACCACCUCCCACCACCCAUUCGCCUCAACAUGAGCUCCUCUGCCGCCGCCUCCUCUGCGCUCUUCCAGCCGCUCAAGCUCGGCCCGCUGCAGCUGCAGCACCGCGUGGCGCUGGCGCCCCUCACGCGCUUCCGCAACACGGCGUACGUGCCCGGCAGCGCCGAGCAGGUCACCUACUACGCCCAGCGCGCCUCGCCCGGCGGCCUGCUCAUCAGCGAGGGCGUCGUCGUGUCGCCCGAGAGCAGCAAGAACGACCGCGUGCCGGGCCUCUGGAGCGAGGCGCACGUCGCCGGCUGGCGUAAGGUCACCGACGCCGUGCAUGCAAAUGGCGGCUUCAUCUUUGCGCAGCUCUGGCACCUCGGCCGCGCCGCCGGCAACGGCACCUGGCAGGUCGACGGGCGCGACUACUCGGCCGUUAGCGCCAGUGCCACGACGGUGCCCGGCGGCAAGACGCCGGCGCGCGCCCUGACGGAGGAGGACCUCGACCGCGUGGCCGAGGAGUACCACACGGCCACGCGCAACGCACGCCUUGCCGGCUUCGACGGCGUGGAGGUGCAUGGCGCUAAUGGAUACCUCCCGAACCAAUUCGUUGAGCCCAUAACAAACCAGCGCUCGGACGGUUACGGCGGCAGCGUGGAGAGGCGCAGCGCCUUCCCCCUCAAGCUAUUGAAGCGCGUUGUCGAUGCCAUGGACGGCGAGGCGGGCCGCGUGGGCUACCGCAUCUCACCGUUCAGCGACUUCCAGCUGGAGGAGGUGUACUCGAAGCCGCUGGACCUCUACGUGCCGUUCGUGGAGAGCAUGCUGCGCGCGCACCCGCAGCUGGGCUACUUGCACGUGGUGGAGCCGCGCGUCGCGGGCAUCAACGAUGUGCCGCCAGAGACGGCCGAUGCGCAGUCCGUCGAGCCGCUGCGGAAAGCCGUCGCUGAGCUCGGCAAGGGCACCAUCUUCAUCGCCGCUGGCGGCUUCAAGGCCGAGGACGGCAUCGCGCACGCCAACCGAACCGGCGAUGUCCUGGCUUUCGGGAGGUACUUCAUCUCCAACCCUGACCUGCCUGCGCGCAUCCGCGAUGGGCACGAGCUGCAUCCUUACGACCGCAACACGUUCUACAGCCAGGGCGCCAAGGGCUACACGGACUACCCCACGUACGCCAAGGAGCAGCGCUCCGCCAACCUGUGAUACCCCCCCCCCCCGCGUCUAUACAUAGAUGAUGCAUUAAUGGACUGCCCAGAUGGUAUACUUGCGCGGGCUGCGA